AUGGCUGCCAUCAAGGUGAACAAUGACGUACAAAUGGUGACCAAGUGUAAUCUUGGAAGACUUUACAAUGCCGUUUACAUUACAAGCUUCGUUUGCCUCGCUAUCGCUUGUCCCUUGCCUAACAGCGAAUUUUUGCUAAUUCAUGUGUACCUUGCAUUCCAAAGUCUCCUUUUCGUCAUUGACACAUUCUUAUAA